AAUCCAAAAGGGACGAUCCCAUUGGCCACUUCAUGUCUUACUUGGCAACCACCACCCGUUUCUGUCUUUACUUCCCAAUCUCAUCACCAUCAACUCCUCCAUUACGCACCACCAGAAGAGAUAGACGCAGAGAUCUUCAGCUCAAGCUCAAAGCAACCUCCACCAAUGGCGGCGACGGUGUCCACCAUGGCCAUGCUCAACGCCAAGUGCUUGGCUACCAGCUCCUCCUCGCUGCCCAAGCUCAACCCCGCAAAGCCCUCCGUCAACAAGCCCACCUUCCUCAACCUCCCCGCGGGCCUCCUCUCCGCCUCCUCCAAGCCGGCCCAAACCCUGGCCGGCUCCGCCAUCGCCGGGGCCGUCUUCUCCACGCUCGGCCACGCCGACCCGGCCUUCGCGGCCCAGCAGAUCGCCGAGCUGGCCGAGGGCGACAACCGCGGGCUCGCGCUGCUGCUGCCCAUCAUCCCGGCCGUCGCUUGGGUCCUCUUCAACAUCCUCCAACCGGCGCUGAACCAGAUCAACCGGAUGAGGAGCUCCAAAGGGGUGAUCAUCGGGCUCGGGCUCGGCGGGCUCGCCGGGUACGGGCUCGGACCGGCCCAGGAGGCGUCGGCCGCCGAGCUGGCGGCGAUCGCCGAGGCCUCAGGAAGCGACAGCAGAGGGCAGCUCUUGCUGUUUGUGGUGGCUCCGGCCAUCUUGUGGGUGCUUUACAAUAUCUUGCAACCGGCUUUGAACCAGAUCAACAGGAUGAGAUCUCAGUGAAAAAGACAAAAUGAAGUUAGAAAAGACUUGGGUUUCUGAGGAAGUGUAGCGGCACUUAUACAUGUAACAUGUACCUGCACUUUCCGUUAAUGGAAUUUUCUUGUCUCAUUUUUUAGAAUCUCUGUCGCGGUUCAUGUUCCGGAAGAUGUAAAAAUAUGGCCAUUAACACUACUUAUGUACAAUACUUUCUCCC